AUGCCUCAGCCGCUGGUCCCCGGUCCGCUUCUUCCUCAUCCGAAGCAGUGGGGACCAAAUCCACCUCCUCGACCAUCUCUGCCACCUUUGUCAGUAAUGUUCGGAAAUCCUGGACCAUAUGAAUCUCCAUACUCUUCAUCGGCCCACAAGGACAGCUCACUGGGACGAGUAGACGAGGAAGAAGUGGAUGCUGGUUUCGCUACAAGCAAUGGAUCUAUCCCACCUGAACUUCCCCCAACCGUCGAAGAGGCCUACAGAAGAAAAUGCAUCGAGUUAAAGCAAAGAUUGAAUGAAGUAGAGGCAGCCAAUGAUGCACAGCGCCUGCGAAUUGAACGCGCUCGUCGCUCAGUUCAGAAGAUGCGUCUUGAGCGUGCAUUCCUAUUGGAACAACUAGCCAAGCGGACAAGCACAAACGUUGAAGAUUCCGAAGGAAGUCCAAGUCCUCCUCCGACUCCAAAGGAGAAGCCACUGAGAACUAAGCGUGGUCACCGAAAGCCUGAAAUCUUUACGUCUGAUCUGGGUGAAGGCCGACCAGGAAGCCAUUUUAUCCAACAAGGACCUGCGACGCUAUCACCAGCUUCCGAAGCAUUCUCCCACAGCCAUACACUCAUGACGCACACCCACCCUGAUCCCUUACGAAACUCCACACCACAAGCACAGAGCAUCGCGCCAAAGCGCUCUUUCCCAACCAAUGGCACCUAUCCAGCUGGCUCUUCAGGUUUGGUCCCCCCUCAAAUCCGUCGCCCAAAGAAUGCUUUCGAACUCUACUGCAAUGAAACAAGACCUAUUUUGGAGAGUGAGCAUCAAAAGGAAAUAGCGGAUGGCAGCUACGAUAUGGAAGGAGAUCUAGCAAAAGAUUGGCAUUCCCUCGAAGCCGAGAAGAAAGAGCAGUUCACCCAGCGCUUCGAGCAGAUGAAGAAAACUGCCGAUCUUGAGAAGGAAGCUGGUACCCCUGCGGGAGCAACUGUACCCUCUGUUGUGGAGGGUGAAAUCCGACCUUCUGAAGCUGCCGAUGAGGAUACCGAAAUGGCUGAUGACGUUGGUACACCAGGAGCAGUUGCAGAAGCUGGAGGCUUCACUGCCGUUAACCGAUCCUAA